AUCAUUAUUGGUGCAGGCCCAUCGGGCAUUGCAAUGGGACACAAAAUGAAGCAUGAGUUGGGCUUCGAAGAUUUCACAAUCUACGAGAAACUCGACGGUGUUGGCGGGACGUGGCGAACCAACACUUAUCCUGGAUGUGGCUGCGACGUCCAUUCACAUUUGUACUCAUUCAGCUUCAACCUCAAUCCAAACUGGUCCAAGCAACUCGCAGAGCAAGCCGAGAUAUUGCAGUAUAUCGAAGAUACGGUCGACAAGUUUGACCUACGAAAGCAUGUUCACGCUUCCGUCGAGUGUCUGGGUGCAAAGUGGGAUGUGCAGAACAAGCACUGGGCGGUGACAUUUAGAGACCUCACCACCGACAUCGUCUUUACCCGCAACGCCACCAUGCUGAUCUCCGCUGUUGGGGGUAUAUCUGCGCCGCGAGAUGUCACAUUUCCGGGUAUGGAAACUUUCAAUGGGCCAAUUUUCCAUACUGCUCGCUGGGAUCACUCCGUUUCUUACAAAGACAAGAACAUUGCCGUCAUUGGUAAUGGUUGCAGCGCCGUUCAAGUCAUACCGGCAAUCGCCAAAGAUGCCAAAUCUGUCAAGCAGUAUGCACGAAGCCCCCAAUGGUAUCACGAGCGUCCGAACCGCCACUUCAGCAACUUUGAGAAGUGGUCCUUCCGUUGGGUACCAUUCUUGAUGCGUUUGCACAGAUGGAACAUCUUCUGGUCUAUUGAUAAGCAGUCAUACAGCUAUCGUGGCACCGACGCUGGGGUGAAACAGCGUCUGAAGGAAGAGGAGGAAGCGCGUCAAUACAUCUACACAAAAGCGCCAGAGAAGUACCACAAUCUCCUGGUUCCGGACUUCGAGCUUGGCUGCAAGAGAAAGAUCGCAGAUCCGGAAUAUCUGGACUCAUUGAACAGAGACAAUGUGGAACUUAUUCCUGAGGGCUUGCAGCGCAUUACUGAAGAUGGCAUCAUCAGCACUUCCGGAAGAGAUGAUAGGUUUGACAUCAUCGUCACAGCCACUGGCUUCAAAGUGUCACAAUUCCUGACACCCAUGGAUGUCAUUGGCGCAAACGGAUCCACUCUAGAGCAACAAUGGAAAGAGAACCGCGGCGCACAAGCAUACUUGGGAACAUUCGUUCACAACUUCCCGAAUAUGGCCAUCUUGUUCGGACCAAACACCUUCCCUGCAAAUAACUCUGCGCUGUACGCAUGCGAAGUUCAAGUCGACUACACUGCUCGAGCUCUCGUCAAGCCGCUUCUCAGAUCUCGAGCCGAAACAAUCGAGGUAAAAGAGUCGGUUGAAAAUCGCACUACCAAUGAUAUCCAGUUGCGUCUUCGAAACAGCGUCUUUUCAGGUCGUUGCACCAACUGGUACAUUGGCGAGUUUGGACGCAAUGCGGCUUCGUGGCCAGGGUUGGCAAUCGAGUUCUGGAUUGCCACU